AUGACACGGGGUCCCAGCGGCAGCGGGAGACAGAUCCUGCCGGCAACGGGAGGCGGGGAGGAAGGAGGAGAAAGCACAGGCCCGGCCCCUCCGCCGAGCAGCACGCACGACGGCGGCGGCGGUGGUGGUGGCGGCGGCGGAACGGGCGGGCCGGGCGCCGGGCGGCACCUGCGCGCAGACCGCGCGCCCCGCCCCGCCCCUCGCUCCCGCCCGCCCCGUCCAUUGGUCCGACCAGCCAGGAGGCGGGAGCAGGGCGCCCCGUUCCAGCACAUUUUGCGAGUACUCAACACCAGUAUCGAUGGGCGGCGGAAAAUAGCCUUUGCCAUCACCGCAAUUAAGGGUGUGGGGCGAAGAUAUGCUCAUGUGGUGUGGAGGAAAGCAGACAUGGAUCUCACCAAAAGGGCCGGAGAGCUCACUGAGGAUGAGGUGGAACGUGUGAUCACCAUUAUGCAGAAUCCUCGCCAGUGUAAGAUCCCAGACUGGUUUUUGAACAGACAAAAGGACGUGAAGGAUGGAAAGUGCAGCCAGGUCCUGGCCAAUGGUCUGGACAACAAACUUCCUGAAGACGUGGAGAGACUGAAGAAGAUUACGGCCCACAGAGGGCUGCGCCACUUCUGGGGACUUCGUGUCCGAUGCCCCCACACCAAGACCACAGGGCGCCGUGGCCGCACCGUGGGUGUGCCCAAGAUGAAAUAAAUCUGUAGGCCUUGUCUGUUAAUAAAAUAGUUUAUACACCUAAAAAAA